AUGACCUCCAUGAUGCCCGGCUUCAUCGCCCGGCUGACCCGGCCCUUCACCACGGCCACCUCGCUCGGCAUCUCGGCCGAGAACGGCGUCGGCGCCGCCGCCAUCCCCGACGGCGCGCAGAAGGCCACCGUCGCAGCCGGCUGCUUCUGGGGCGUCGAGCACAUCUACCGCAAGCACUUCGAGGGCAAGGGCCUGUACGACGCGCGCGUGGGCUACAUCGGCGGCGACGCCAAGAACCCGAGCUACCGGGCGGUGUGCUCGGGGAGCACAGGACACGCCGAGGCGACACAGAUAGUCUUCGACCCUGCGCGCAUAACCUACCGGGAGCUGCUCGAGUUCUUCUACCGGAUCCACGACCCGACGACGCGCAACCGGCAGGGCAACGACGCGGGCACGCAGUACCGCAGCGGCAUCUUCUUCCACGACGCCGAGCAGGAGAAGGUCGCGCGCGAGGUCACGGCCGCUGCCAACGAGCAGUGGUACAGCAGCAAGAUCACCACCGAGGUCAUCGCCGCAGGCCAGUGGUGGGACGCCGAGGACUACCACCAGCUCUACCUCAACAAGAACCCCGCGGGCUACCAGUGCCCCAGCCAUUACGUCCGGGACUUCCCUCCGUUGAAAUAG